UUGUGGCAUGAAUCACAUCAGCGGAGCUUCAAAAUCUGUCACCCCAGUGUUUGCUGAGGGGACAAGAGUGCUCACCAACAAGAGCUCCUUCAUUAUGCACCUUAAAACUUAGACGGUCGUAAAACACUGCUCUGGACUAAAAUGUAUUCUACAAGAAGGAAGAGGCUGCAGCUGAGUCGGUUUCUGUUUCUGCUUUCUGGAGUUUUUCUGUGCACCAUUUACCAACUGACCAUUAGCACCAGACUGUCCAGGACUUAUCCACUACCUCAGAUUGGAGAGACUUUUGAAGAGGGCUCAACAGAAGGGCUGGAUGAAGUCACCAUAAAGACAGAAGGGUUAGAAGAACCCCUCACUGCAACUCAUGACCCAGAGCCUACAGACCAGACAACACCUACAAUAAAUGGGGCAAACAAGUAUGAAACUACUUCAGAUUUGAAGUCAUCGACUCCAACUGAUGUUCCACAAGUGACGACCACAAACCGGACUUUAGUGUACUGCAUCUAUGUGGCCCCCGAUCCUCCGCUCCCUACUCCAGUUCCGGCUCCUCCUCUCACCACCAUCACUCCUGCUUCUCCUGAUGAGGCCCCACAUGUUAAGGGUGAAUACCCUGAGGACAUCUUCUCUGUGGAAGACCGCAGACGCGGCUGGGUGAUCCUGCACAUAUUCGGGAUGAUGUACAUGUUUGUGUCACUUGCAAUUGUGUGUGAUGAGUUCUUUGUUCCUGCGCUGGGGGCAAUCACAGAGAAGUUAGGUAUCUCUGAUGAUGUGGCAGGAGCCACCUUCAUGGCAGCCGGAGGUUCUGCCCCGGAGCUUUUCACAUCCUUGAUCGGCGUCUUCAUAGCCCACAGCAAUGUCGGCAUUGGCACAAUAGUUGGUUCGGCAGUUUUUAACAUUUUGUUUGUGAUUGGAAUGUGUGCCUUGUUUUCCCGGGAGGUGCUUCAUCUGACCUGGUGGCCACUGUUCAGGGAUGUAUCGUUCUACAUAUUUGACCUGAUCAUGCUCAUCAUCUUCUUUCUGGACAAUGUCAUCAUGUGGUGGGAGAGCAUGAUGCUGGUGGCUGGUUACACGCUCUAUGUGAUAUUUAUGAAGUUCAACGUGCAGCUCGAGCAGGCCUUUAAAAACCAACUCUACAAACACAGAGACAUUGUCAGAAUCAUUGCUGUGGAGGAGCCUGAAAAGACAAAUGGGGACGGUGAAGACAGUGUCCCUCCUGCUCCUGAGGACCAGACCCGGUUAAAGUUGAAACCAUCUCUACAGAGAGGGGGGAGUUCAGCUUCUUUACACAACAGUACCAUGAGGAACACCAUCUUCCACCUCAUGAUUCACACCUUGGACCCUCUUGGAGAAGGGAAAUUUAAAGAUAAGGCACACAGUUUGACUAAUGUAGCCAGUCGGAAAGAAAAGAGCAAAACUCAAGAGAAAAAUGAAGGUAAAAAGAAUGAGCAGACCACGCAGCCAGAGCCUGCGCCAGCUAAAGAUACAGAGAAGAAGGAGCAACCAGAGGACAUGAGGGUACCCUCCAAACACAGCUUUAGGCACAGUACAGAGCUUAAAAAAAGUCUCUUAAUUCCACUUCAGGAGAAGGUUCCACCGGAUGAGCAGGAGUCGGACGACUCUGAAGAUUCGGAUAGUGAUGACAGUAGCAGUGAUGAAGACAGUGAUGAGUCCAGUGAGGAUGAAGAUCCUGAUGAUGAUGACGAUGAAGAAGAGCAGGACGAUGAGCCUCUGUCUUUGGAAUGGCCGGACACGUGGCAGAAACAAACCACCUUCCUCUUCUUACUGCCUAUAGUUUUCCCCUUGUGGCUCACUCUCCCUGAUGUUCGGAACCAGAAAUUCAGAAAAUUCUUUGUGGUCACAUUUCUGGGCUCGAUUCUGUGGAUUGCAAUUUUCUCCUACCUCAUGGUGUGGUGGGCUCAUCAGGUGGGGGAAACCAUCGGCAUCUCAGAGGAGAUAAUGGGCCUCACCAUCCUGGCUGCAGGCACGUCCAUUCCUGAUCUUAUAACCAGUGUGAUUGUGGCACGAAAAGGCCUGGGAGACAUGGCCGUAUCCAGCUCUGUGGGCAGCAACAUCUUUGACAUCACUGUGGGUCUGCCGGUGCCGUGGCUCCUGUACUCGGUUGGCCACGGUUUUGCUCCAGUGGCCGUCAGCAGCAACGGACUGUUCUGUGCCAUCGUGCUCCUCUUCCUAAUGCUCCUCUUUGUCAUCAUCUCUAUUGCAACCUGUAAGUGGAAGAUGAACAAGGUGCUGGGUUCCACCAUGUUUCUCCUCUACUUCAUCUUCCUGGUGCUGAGUGUGAUGCUGGAGGAUCGGAUCAUCAUCUGCCCAGUGUCCAUCUGAACUGAGGCCCUCAGGAACUCUGACCGAUACCCAUGUAUGUCACUCUGUGUACUGUAAUCAUGUGUACUGGGAGCGUCUGGAUCAUUUAUCCUGAUUUUCUGGGUUAUGUUCCAUAUUUACUUUUAGCAAUUAAAGGCAGCAAUAACUGUUUUUAUAACAGCAGUAAAUGAUAAACCGAUUCUAUUUUAGUACAAAAUGUAAAUGAACAACAAUGUUCAGGAAAAAAAGGCUUCAAAGGAUAUAAUUAAAGCUGAGGGUUAGCUGUAAUUAACACAUUGUAAAAGGAAGUCAGGAGUGGCAGAGAAGUAUGUGAGGGUGGAGCAGGACACUGAGAUGGAAUGACAAGUGGGUUCAAGUUAAGAGUGGGGUUACCUCUCUCCGUUUGCUAGAGUGAUUGACAGGUUGACAGAUGACAUCAGACAGGAGACUCCAUGGUCACGAUGUUUGCAGAUGACAUUGUUCCAACACAUCUGUGGUGAAAGUAGGGAGUAAGUGGGAAGGGAGGACACAUAUCACAUAUUUUUUUCCAAAUAGGAAAAAAAGAAACAAAAAUAUAACUUCCAUCAUAACAUCCACAGAAUAAAUGUUUAUUAAUACAUGAAAGCAACGUACAGAUCCAGCCAGGGAACGUUGUUUCCUGUUUUGAUUAAAAAAAACCCAAACAAACAUACAAAUUAGUAUCUGUGAUACGAGGGAUAAAUACAUAGAUACUGUGUAAACAACGUGUAGUAUUUUUGGUCUUCAGUGCUUUAAGUACAACUUACAAGGUGAUAUAUGUAUAAAUAUUCUGUGUAACCAGUGUUAUUUUCAUAUAUAUUAUUUAUUCCAGCAUUUUAAUCAUAUUAUUAGUCAUAAUGACGUUUAGGUUCAGCAUGUGCACGUUGACCACGUGCAGAGGCAGGAUUAGUCAGUUAAACUGAGGGAUGUGGGAGAAAAAUGACACGGUAAUUUAACACUGAAAGAGUUGAGGGUCAAAGUUGUGACCUUUGCAGCCUAAACAGUAAUUCUAAGGUCAAAGCACUUGCACUGCCAUCUGUUAGAACAGUCUCUUUUAUAAGUGAUAAAAACUGACCAAUAAAAGUGCACAAUUGUCCAAACAUUGAUGAAUGAUAAACACGUGUGACACGAGAAAGAAAUCACCUGUACACCAAUGUUCAACGAUGUCAUUACAGCAAUCUUUCUCAUCGAAAAGACCUGUUGUUAAAAUGAACAUGACACUUUCACGUUCUAAAUAUUUACAUAACUCAUAGUGUGAUUGUACUGCGGUCAAGGAAACAUUUCCUUCAUGGUCCCAUUUAACACAUUGGUUAUUCACUCACUACUCUAAAAAAGAUAUAUUUCAUUAAAUGACAAAUAAAUAACAGACAUGUUGUCCCUUUUUGGAUUCAAUGUUGUACAAAAUGAUACAAAAAAAUAAAUGUUCAUAUAGUUUACAUUAAUUGAGAACUUUCUUUUUUGAUUAAGAAAUGACGUUAUAUGUAAAUGUGUGUAUUUAGGUGUGUGGAGAAGCCGGUGCUCAGUUAAUGGGUUUAACUGUGUCAGACUGAAUUCAGUGGAACACUGUAUUAGGUAAAGUCUCACACUGCUAUGAGCUGAUUCGGUCAAAGUGCUUCGUAGAAAAGAAAAUGUCAGGUACAGGUAACAACAGUCUAAACACUAAGGUAAUUUUUUUUAAAGAAUUUUAACAGAAUGUACAAAUAUAUAUAGAAAUAUUACAGAUUUGUAUUUUUAAUGUAGAAAUGUUCGAUUACUGUUUUUGGUGAAAAUACAGCAAAGCUUUACAAAGUACCCCUGUGGCAGUUGUUGUACAAUUAUUGUCUUUUUUUUUAUAUAACUUGUGCUUCUCCAUAAGCUCAGACAGGUGAGCUAUAAAAGUCCAUAAAA